AUGAGCCACUGGACGGCGAUCAACCCCGUGGGCCAGAGCCCGUCGCUGGCGCCGAUCAAGCGCGUCCGAGAGGCCGGCCGAGCUCCAUCGACGCCUGAUGGCGACGCAUCCCCGCCACCAUCGCCCCGGAAGAAGCGCAGCAAGCGAAGCCUCAUGGAGACCGAGGAAGCGCUCGAGGCCCGCUUGACGGCUUCGUACGAGAAGACGUUGCGGUCGCAUGAUAAGCCUGCGGUGGCGACCGGCAUGUAUGUGGAGAUCUUGCAGUUCAUUGCCUCGCUCGACGACAUGGGCGCGCUCUCGACGACGACCCGCAAGAUCCAGUACCUCUGCCUCAAGAACCUCGCGCGCCUCGAAGCCAAGAGCGACCCGAACGCGACCGAGCGCGCGCUGCAGCACUACGCCGACGCCUUGGACAUUGACACCACGGAUUGCCUGGUGUGGUACGAAGCUGGCUGUGUCGCUUUUCAGCUGCAGCAGUUUGGCUUGGCGCGAGCGUACCUCGAGGAAGCGUUUGCGCUCGACGCUUGCUUUUGGCCCAUGGUCUACAAGCUUGUGCUCGUACUGUACGUCUUGCAAGACGAAGCUGAGUGUCUGCGCGUGGUCAAGCACGUCCUCGCCCACGACCCCAAGCACCCCGUCGCGACGUACCUCGACGGCAAGCUCUCGGGCCAGUGCAGUGCUAUCGUGCCAUGUCCAGCAAGCGUCGUAGCUGCCGAGGCGCAGCGCGCUCAUACCCACACGCAGCUUCCUGCCACGCGCCACUCGAACGUCUUGGCCUACACGCUGCAAGACAACUCGUGGGCGUCGCUGGGCGCAUUACUCUUGGAGCUCUUUGACGAGGCGCAUGCGUCGGUCGACGACGCGUCGCUCUCGAUGCACCAAUCGAUCGUGAUCUUGCCUUCCCCCGCAGCGGCCCCGGUCGAGGUGGCACCACCGGUCAAAACCGAGGUGGCAGCGAAUACUAGUAUGGUGAUUACCGCGCCGUCGGUGCCAGAAAUCAUCAACAUUAGCGAUGACGACGACGAUGAUGACGACGAUGUUGUCAUUGUCGAAGCAAUUUCCGUGCCGGACUCGGACGCGGCCACUGCCAAGCCACUUAACGCCGUUGUCGCGAGCCUGCGCAAAUCAAGUGACGCCGACCCUGCGUCACCGGCAACGCAGAGCCGCCGGACGUCCCAUCGGACGCAAAAGCGCAUGCAGGACGAGAUUGAAGCCGCGAUCAAAGAAGCCAAAGAAAAGGACAUUGCCUACCAACUCCUCUCGUUCAUUGACAAGGACGCCGACGCGGCCGUGCCACACGACACGUCAAUUUACGACACGCAUGUGCGAGCCGAGAUGGCACCUGAUGGGUCUGCGCUGCGCUUCUUCCGCGGGGCGAACGAAGAGGCCACGCUAGAGCUCGCACCGGCAGUGGCCAAAGAGCUGCUUUCGUCGCCCCUCUCGUCGCCGCUGCCAGACGAGGACGCAUUGACAUCGCUGGUGCUGUCGGUCGAAGGCUUCCUCGGCAGUCUCUCGAGCACGAAAGGCCACUCGCUCGAGGCGCUCAUGGUCGAGUUUCUGGAAGCUGUCGCCCAGCACCCGGGGGUCGCCUUGGGCAACGACCUCCUCCGCAUCGUGCGGCUGAUGGAUUGCAGCCUCCGCGAUGCGCCCGACGCCCGGCCCGUCCUUGCCUCCCCGGACUUGCAUCUCUCGCUCUCGUGUCGGCUCUUUCUUCUCGAACUCCACGUCGACGCGCUCAUUGCGGGCUACGACCCGCUCAUGCACAGCCGCGUCGAGUUUUUUGCUGCGCUGCAGCGCCAGCAGCAACAGUUGCUCCGCUGGAAACUCGACGUUUGCGAAACUGCAAGCGACGCAUUGGACGCUACGCUGGACUUGCGCUUUCGUUGGCUGCAAAUCCACUUGGACGAACACCUCGGUCACGUCGACGCAGUGCUAAAUGCGCUCCAGGCGCUGCAAACGCUACUCGGCUCGUCGGUGCUUGCACUCGGGAAUGUCGCAACGUUUCCACGUCUCUCGCGGUCCGCCGUCGAGCGCAAGCUUCAGAAACAAGCGCUCACCGUUCUCGCCAAGCAAGUCUGCGACCGGUUUGCCCUCGUGGACCCGUCGACGACCACAGUGGAGACGGAGAUUGUCGAUCUGGUCUUGCCGCACUACGACCCGCGGGCUGGCAAAGGCAGUCGCGUCGAGGACCUCGUGCUGCAGUUUCGGCUCUACCUCCUUCAAAUGUACGACUGGAAAAAGGCGACGUCGCCGCUGGCCAAGCCGGCGCCGCCGCUUCUCACGAUGCUGAUCAAGUGCCUUGUGCGCCUCGAGCGCGACGACGUGUGCUACGAACUGCUCUGUUUGAGUUGGUACUACAUCCUUCAGCACCAAGCGACGACGACCGACAAGACGACGGUUCAGUGCCUCAAGUACGUCACGUCGCAGCUUCAGACAGUAUUUGCCAAGAAGCCGUACAUCACGCCAGCGUACCUGCUGCUGCAUCAAGUGUGCGCGUUUCAGUGCCGCGAUUUCAUGCUGCGACACUUUCACUCGUCGAGUCUGCUUAACAUCCUCGCGCAGACGCUGCCAAGCGCCCAUGUCCCGUCGCUCGUGGGCAAGAUCCUUCACCAGCUCACGUCAAUCGACCUCCGGAAGCGCGGCAACACGUCGCUCCUGGCGCUCUCGCUGAGCGCGCUCCAACUCUUGUAUCAGCACCUCAAGACCAUGGACGCCAGUACCACGAUCCCGCCAGCGCUGGCGAAAGCGCUGAGCAGCUCGAUCGCCGUGUACCUCAAGACACAGAUUGAGGCCGGCAAGUUCCGCGCCCAGUCCCGGUACACGACCUCGUUGUGA